GCAGGGGACACACAGGGAAUGGAGGGGACGCACGGAGACCGCCAGCGACACGCGGGGACAGCCGGGGACACUCGGGGACCCGAUGUCCCCUCACCGACAGCACCGGGGGACAGCGGCUCAGCCGUGUCCCUGCCGAGCCCCCCCGGCACGGAGCGAAGCCCCCGGGACCCCCCUGGGGACACGGAGCCCGACGGGGACAAAGUGUGCGCCGUGUGCGGGGACAGGGCCAACGGGUACCACUUCCACGUCAUGAGCUGCGAGGGCUGCAAGGGCUUCUUCAGGCGCUCCAUCAUCAAAGGUGUCCGCUUCACGUGUCCCCUGGCGCGGCGCUGCCCUGUCACCAAGGCCAAGCGGCGACAGUGCCAGGCGUGUCGCCUCCAGAAGUGCCUCGACGUGGGCAUGAGGAGGGACAUGAUCAUGUCCGAGGAGGCGCUGAGGCGGCGGCGGGAGCUGCGGGGACAGCGGGGACAGCCCGGGGGACAGCGGGGACAGCCCGGGGGACAGCGGGGACAGGAGGGACUGACGGCCGAGCAGCAGGAGCUGAUCGCGCUCCUCAUCGGCGCCCACCAGCGCACCUUCGACUCCAGCUUCUCGCAGUUCAUGCACUGCUGGCCCGCCGUGCGCCUGCUGGCGCCCAGCCCCCCGGGCGCGGGUGUCGCCGCGGGGGUGUCGCUGUCGCCGUGCGAGGAGGCGCUGCCGGACGUGCUGUCGCUGCUGCCGCAGUUCGCGGACCUGAGCACGUUCAUGAUCCAGCAGGUGAUCAAAUUCGCCAAGGAGAUCCCGGUGUUCAGGAGUUUGCCGCUGGAGGCGCAGAUCUCGCUGCUGAAAGGAGCCACGCUGGGGAUCUGCCAGAUCCGCUACAACACCAUCUUCAACCCCGCCACCAAGGCCUGGGAGUGCGGCCAGCGCUGCUACACCAUCCACGACGGGGCCCUGGCCGGUUUCCAGCAGGUGUACCUGGAGCCGCUGCUCAAGUUCCACGAGAGCCUGCGGCGGCUGCGGCUGCACGAGGCCGAGUACGCCCUGCUGCAGGCCAUGCUGCUCUUCUCGCCUGGUGAGCCGCCCCGCGGGGGCUUGGGGGGGGGACACACGGGGACACCCCCAUGUCCCCAAGGCCCCGCUGAGGUCACCCCCGCGCUCCCUGCAGACCACGCCGGCAUCGCCCAGCGCGAUGUCAUCGACCGGUUCCAGGAGGAGGUGGCGCUGACCCUGCAGAGCUACAUCGAGCACCGGCAUCCCCCCCCCGAGGGCAGGUUCCUGUACGCCAAGCUGCUGCUGCUGCUGACGGAGCUGCAGACGCUGAAGGUGGAGAACACGCGGCAGAUCCUGCACAUCCAGGACCUGUCGGCCAUGACGCCGCUGCUCUCCGAGAUCAUCAGCUGAGCGCGGCGCCCUGCCCCGUGUCACCCCCCCGGUCCCCAAGUGUCACCCCCGGCCGCCACCGGGCACAGAGUAAAGCUCCUUUAUUUAUCCGGGCUCCCGGGUGCGUCAGCGCAGGGAAACUGAGGCACGGCCGCCGCGGCGCUGGGGACAACGGGGACCCCCAGUGGCAGCGGCCACCCGCGGGAGGUGGCACUGGGGACAACGGGGACCCCCAGCCCUCCCGUGGCGCUGUCACUCGCUGUCCCCAGCCUGCGUUGUCCCCGCGGGUCCCUGUGGCACCUGCAUGGCCCGGCCUGGUGGCUCCCUGAGCAGGACGGUGCCACUUGCCCGCUGUCCCUGCUGUCCCCUGUCCUGUCACCGCUGUCCCCUGUGUGCUGUCCCCUGUCCUGCCCUGCUGUCCCCUGUCCUGUCCCUGCUGUCCCCACUGUCCCCGCUGUCCCUGCUGUCCUGUCC